ACCCCAAUAUCGUCUUCCUCCUCUUUCCACCGGCCCCAUUCCUUGCGAUUUUUCUUCCCCUCUUAACUUCGACUUUAGCAGAUAAAGGAAUUUAGCAUCACAAUUCUUCGUCGUCUUCUAGCAGGCGAUUCAAAUUAACUUUUUUGAAAGUUCGAAGAAUACAAUCUCGGGUUUUGGUUAUAGGUUUUCUCGAAAUGCUAGGAGCAACGUUGCAGAUUGCACGCAGCCACGGGGAAGAUCGGCUCUAUAGCCCCUCCAAGCCCUGGCGAGGUUACCACCAGCAUCUCCAGUAUCUCUGGAGGGCCCGAAGCAGCAGUUCCACCGGAGUUUGGUCCGUUCCUCCUCUAGUUUUCAAAGAGAAGGUUUCCAUUCCCGAGUCCCGUGAGCCGGAGAAUCGAACUGGAUCAGAAGUAGGUCCAUCAAAUUCUCAAACUGUUUCAACUUCUUCUCUGUGCUCGUCUUUGGAAUCAGAGAAUGCCUGUUCUAGCAACUUGGAUCGCUUCUUGGAGUCCACAACUCCGUCGAUUUCUGCUCAAUAUUUCUUUAAGGAAACAAUGGGACGGUGCAAGACAAGCGAUGUCGAGUGUCAGCCCUACUUUACUUUGGCGGAGCUCUGGGAUUCCUUCAAGGAAUGGAGCGCAUACGGGGCCAGCGUUCCUUUGGUUCUGAAUGGUAGCGAUUGCGUCGUUCAGUACUAUGUGCCAUAUUUGUCGGGCAUUCAGUUAUAUGGUAAAUCUACAGGGAGAUUUGGUGAAAAGAGUGAUUCUGAAAGUUCGAAAGACUUCACUAGUGAUGAGUUUUCAAGAAAUAAUGUUGAAACAGUAGCUUCUGAUGGUAUGCUGCUUUUUGAGUUCCUUGAGGAGAAUACUCCACACAGUCGGGAACCUCUAACCAGCAAGAUUUCAGAUCUUUCCCAUCACUUCCCCGAAUUGAUGUCUCUUAGAAGCUGUGAUUUGUUGUCUACCAGUUGGAUUUCUGUAGCAUGGUAUCCUAUCUAUCGAAUUCCAACUGGGACGACAUUAAAGGAUUUGGAUGCUUGCUUUCUUACUUUCCAUUCUCUUUCAACGCAGAAAAAAGACGAUGAUAAUGCUGCCAGGCCUGUCAUUACUUGUGAGCAGGGGAGCGGCGCCCCGAAGAUCUCUCUUCCCAUCUUCGGGCUCUCUUCCUACAAGUUCAAAGGUUCCACAUGGAAUCGGGAAAGCGACGGCCGGCUCAAAACCCUCUUGCUGCAAGCUGCUGAUAACUGGUUGCAGGUUGCUGGAGUAAAGCUCCCAGAUUUCCUCUUCUUUGCUUCUCAUGGUGCUGGCCUCAAUUGAAGAUGAAGGGAAGCCUUUUUUUUUCCUUUUCCCUUUGUUUUCAUGUGAUUGGUGAUGGGAUAGAAAUGUGAUUUGUGUAGAAAAUUCACAAUUUUGGUAGGCGUUUAGCUGCGUUUGUUUUGAUUCUGUUAAGGAUUUUACACAAAAAUUGUAAAAGAAAGAACAGAUGGAUUGAUAGAAUGUAUGAAGGGGUGGAAACUGGGGGAAUCUAUCUCAUUUGUUGAAGAUUAAAUAAAAA